AUGGCGAGGGGGGAGGCGUCGCUGGUCAGGCCCAUGGCGGGAUGGCGGGAGGAGGAGAGAGGAGGAUACCAGAGGCUCUUGAGGAAAUUUGUCGCUUGUCUAUCCAUAGCUGGUCUUCUGGUGGCUGUGGCGUUCUACUCCUCGGGAAGCACUUCGGGGAGGAAGGAGUUGUCCCAGAUGUACACAGAGCUCAAGUUCGGCGAUGCUUCUUUCCAUGCAGCCGGUGUGCUGCCGCAGCAGAGGGAAGGCAGUGUAAGGGGAAAGAUCGCUCCUCACUUUGUCGCCCCUCCUGGACCCAUCGGGGAGAUCGGUCUGGCAGGAAAGAGUACAAAACUCGCACAAGUUCCCAACGGCGCAGCCGUGUUAAGGUUUGGUGAUUCUUCGUUUCACGAGUCAAAGGCUUUUCGCACGAGGGAAGGGAGUGUAAGAGGAAACAUCAAGCCAGACUUCAAGGUUCCCCUCGGAGAUCUUGGGGAGAUUGGCCUCUCUGAGAAACCUAUGAGGAGGCAAACCAGCACUGCUUCGCUCGCGUUUGGAGAUGCAUCCUUCCAUGCAUCGAAAGCAUCGCAAUCGAAGGAGGGAAGUGUUCGAGGAGGAGUGAAGCCGGACUUCAAGCCUCCUCUUGGUGAUCUAGGAGAAGAAGGCCUUGCUCAAGCGCCCAAAACUCCUAUUCAGAAACAUGGAGCUGUGCUGGCCUUCGGUGAUUCCGAGUUUCACUCCGGGCCCCAGGCAAGUGCACGAGAGGGAAGCGUGAGGGCAGGCAAGACGCCGGACUUCCUCCCUCCCCUCGGCGAUCUUGGUGAAGUUGGACUGAAGCACAGCAAGGUUCAGACGCUGGUAGUGAGACCAAAGGUAGCAGCUGCCAGCGAGAAGUCCUCAGCUCUUGCCUUCGGAGACUCUGAGUUUCAUUCCUCCAAACCGUCGGCAGGGAGAGAGGGAAGCAUCAGGAAUGGUGUAGCUCCUGACUUCAAGCCUCCCAUCGGAGACUUGGGCGAGACUGGAUUGAAGCCCACACAACACGCUCAAACGCUCGCAGCUUCCAAGAAAGAGGUACAGCCCCACAAGAUGACUGACGUCUCUGCAAGGCAAGACAUGAACAAGUUCUACAAUGAGCAGUACACUCGUCUGAAGCAGCAGCAAGCCGCCAGUGAGAAACAAGCCCUCCUCACAUCUCAGGCCGCCAAGUCAGCGAUCGACCGUUACUACGAUACUCUCAACUCUCAAGCGGUAGCUGAGCACAAGAAUAUUCUCCAGUCGGCUAAUAGGAACGCGGCUCAGAGCCAACACAGCAUGCUCUCCUACUUUGACGCGUUGCAGUCUCAUGACAACGCCCUGCACACUGCGGCCAUGCAGCGCAAAGCUGCUGCCAAUGCUCGGAUUGAAAAGAAGGCUGAGCGAGAAACAAGCGCAAGUCAGAGCAAGGAAGAUACGGCGAGGAUGCAGGUGUUGAGCGAGAAGAAGAUCAAGCCUGAGAUCACGUACGGCAACGACCCCGGCAACAAGCAUGGCUUCCAUGCUGUCCAGGUGACCAAGGAUGCCAAGAUCCGCAAGGAACUUGCUGCUGCACGUGCCAUCGCUAGGAAGGACAUGGACGAUUGCAGCUCCGGCUUCUGUUAAAUCGUCCCUAGAGUACUUUCUGAUCUGUAAAUUCGUGGAGGCUUCCACUGAUCAAGAUCGCGCCAAUCAGAGAGGCUUUGCGAUCGUCUCCAGACAUUUGAUAGUGACUUAGUUAAGUUUGGGGUCUUCCACAUGUAAGGGAGAUCAGUAGGAGGUUGAAAGAGAAUAAAAACAUCGCUUU